AUGACUGCAGUGGUCCUGACGGUGAAGCAAUCAUACAUUGCCUCGACCAAAUACAAAGGUGUUGACUCUCGACCUCUUGUUCAAUGGCGUAUGCGGGCACCAGGCAAAAAACCAUUAAUAGCCUUCCCUAAUGGAUCUCCUGACUGUCAGGAAGAUUCUGGACGGCGUUCAACAUUACAAGCGGCCAGCUCCUCGUUUUUGACUGCAGCCGAUCCAAUGCAACUUCUGGACCAGUUUGACCAUUCGAGUUCACCACACUGA